AUGUCGAGAGAUAUAGCAAAGGUAUUUCUUUGGAAGUUUGGAGGAGUGCACGAGCUGCGACAUCUAACCCGGAAGUCGGAGAAGUACUCCAGAUAA